AUGCACGCGCGAUCCGGAUCAGCCGCGGCGGCGACCGGCGCCACCGUCAACGCCAUGAAGCAGCAGUCGACACUCUUCGCGCUGCUCUCCCUGUCGCUGCUCCUCGUCCGCCUGCUCCUCCGCCUCCGCCUCGCCGCCUUCCGCGACGCCGCGCUCACCCUCCACCUCCUGGCGCGCCUCCGCAUCCGCCCCGUCACCGUCCGCCUUCCGGGCCCGGACGGCACCACGCUCCGCUUCUGGUGCCCGGCCUCCCCGUCCUCCACCACCACCAAGCAGCCGCUCCUCCUCCUCCACGGCUUCGGCGGCGACGCCAAGUGGACGUGGGCGCACAACUUCGCCGCCCUCUCCCGCAGCUUCCACCUCUACGUGCCGGACCUCGUCUUCUUCGGCUCCCACUCCCGCUCCGCCUCGCCGCUCCGCUCCGUCGCCUUCCAGGCCCGCUGCGUCGCCGACGCCAUGCGCCUCCUCGGCGUGCCGCGCUACCACGUCGUCGGCAUCAGCUACGGGGGCUUCGUCGCCUACCGGAUGGCGGCCGUGGAGGCCAGGGAGUGCGUCGACAGGCUCGUCGUCAUGACCAGCGCCGUGGCCGCCACGGCCCGGGAGAUCAGCGCGCUGGCGGCGCGGGAGGAGAUGGCCGUCGAGGACGCGCUGCUGCCGGACACCGCCGCCGGCCUGCGCCGCCUCGUGUGCCGCUCCAUGCACCGCCCGCCGAGGCUGCCGGACUUCGUGCUCCACGAUUUCAUCCAGCUGAUGUUCGUGGACCAGAGGAAGGAGAGGUCGGAGCUGCUGCGAGAGUUGCUCAAGAACGGAGCCGGCAUCGAUCCCCUCCCGGUUCUCACACAGCGAACACUAGUCCUUUGGGGGGACAAGGACCAGGUGUUCCCUGUCGACCUCGGCUACAGGCUGCAGAGGCAUUUGGGAGAUGAGUGCAGGCUGGAGAUCAUCAAGGACGCAGGUCACGCGCUGCAGCUGGAGGGAGCCGGCAAGGUUAACGGCUUCAUCAGGUCCUUCCUUCUCGACGCGCCGGAUGGGCCGGAAUUUGGCUUUGCCCGAAAUUGAAGCCCGCUCAGGGCUUGCAGGAAAGCGAACCACGAACUUUGUAUUGAUAUCCCGAAAGGCCCGUAUACGGAAUUAUGGUACCAAUAUUUCGGUGGAGAUAUUGCAGUACCGUAGUAGUAUGUCAAAACUAAGUGCUACCUGGUGUGGCUGUGGCGGGGUGAGAUAGCAAGAUGAUACCAUGUGAAUGCACCCGA